GAAAAUAUUGUUCUCUUUUAAUCUCCACCUCUCCUAUUGGUGUGUUCUGAUCGUUAUGACCACUUUUGAAUGUUUUGAAACACUGAAGUGUAGAGUACAGUAUCAAUUAUUAUUUGAAAGAGGAAAAAUUGAAUGUGGCGCAAAAGGAACAGACAUAUGUGAAUAGAAAAGAAUCGUACCACAAGAUGAGUGUUACCGGUAAAAUGCUUUGCAAUAAGCUGUGCGGUUUACGCCCGGACUUGUCUUCAAAAAUCACACCAGAAAUCCUAAGCAAGAUUUGCGAUGAUUCUAGUACGCAACCUUUUUUGGAAUGGUUCUACAAGAACGUGAACUCUACCAAUGUUCUGUCCAGUGAAGAGAUAAAAUUGAAAAAUAUAUUGCAGGACACAAAUGAGUGGUUGGAAGACGAAGCAUUGGAUAUUGCAUUAGAAGAAGCCACCAGAGAUUGUCCAGACUUGUUGCAUCUUGUUGAUUUGGAUAACACUUGCAAGGAAGAUUUAUUUGAAGAAUAUAAGACAUUAAAGGACUAUUACAAAGAAGACAAAGAAUACCUUAAUUUAUUGCAGCAGAGUAUAAUAAAUUUGAAAAAAGUUGAGAACAAGCUAGAAGAUGAUAUUGAAGAAGCAGAAGCCAUAUUGAAUAAGGAACAAAUUAAAACACAAAAGUUGUACGAAGACUGUAAUGUAGUCCUGGAAGAAUUUGAUAGAGAUAACUGUCAAUUCUCUAAAGAUGUCGAAACUUUACUAAAUAUAUAUGUUGAUACUGCUAGAAAUCAAGGUGAUGCAGUAUUGUGGUCACAGAUGCCCAUAGACUCAUUUAUUAAACAAAUAGAACUUUAUAAUCAUUAUCUAGGUAUUCAUAUAAAAAAGCAAUUUGGAAGUAUUAACAACAAAGAAGAUCAGGAUGAAGAUUCAAACUACGCAUCUCUAAUAAACAAUAGUAAGGAAAAGCAGGUUGAUGAAAGAAUGCACGAAUUGAACUCGUGUAGGAUAAAUUUGACAUAUUCUAAAACAGAAGAGAUCAAUGCAGAUAUUCAAGUAGAAUCCUGUAUUGCAAUCUUGCAAUGUGUCAAAGAUAUUUACAACGGUGGAGUCUUGAAGGUACCUGAAAAUAAUAAAAUACAUGAUGAAAUGCUGACAUUAAGUAUGAAAAGAGAUAUUUUGGAACAAAACGUGGAACUUUUGCGGGACCAGCUGUUUUCAGCGAUAACGCAGUUCGCGGAAAUGGAGACGAUGAAGAUUCUCAAGAAUGACGCGCUUGGUCGUUUUGAACGUAGGCAGACUCGUCUCGAGAAACUCAAGAAUUUAUAUCGCUUAGCAGGAGAACACGGUCAUGUUCAUGUGGAUUUGCUUUACAUGUUAAUAAAUGUGCAACAUCGCAAUCUUCAUGAAGUUGCUGAAUUCAUCGCCGAUGCUCGUCAUUACAUCACUACAGAAUAUAAACUUUCUUCUGCGAGAUGUGAAGUUAUGCAACAACAACAAGACGAGUACGCAAUCAUUUUAAUGGAAUCUCCGAAAACUUGUAAUGCAUUCAAUCAAAUAUUUGUUAGCAUGGUGGCUGGUAAUUGUUCGGACCAGUCGCUUUCUUCUGCGUUGAAAAAAUACGACGACUUAAUAGCUGACAAUGCAGAGAAGAAAUUAAUGCUGGAAAUAUUUCUGAACGAUAAGAUUGGGAAAUUGCAGAAAUUGACAAACGAAGUUAAUAAGCAUUACAUGGCUGAGGUACAAAACCAACCAACAAACAGCCUCAAACCAAUUUCAUACGGAAUUAGUAGUAGCUAUGAGGAAAUAUCUACUGAUGUUCUAGAGUUGCAAGAGGAUGUUAUUAGGAUCAGAAAUCAAUUCAAAGAACGAAUGAGGACUGACGCCAAACUUGAACGCGAAAAAGAUAUCUUGUGGCAGAGAUUCUUGGCAGAUACAGAUACACUAAGAAUGAAAUAUGAAGAAGCGAAGCAACGAGCAAACAAUUCUCACUUUGGAGGUACCUCAGAAAGUUGAAAAUACUCGCUGCAAUGUUUUCGCAGACGUAAUCCGGUGGCACAUUACGUCGUCGCGAUAAUGAAUGAUUUGUCUCAAGGACGUGUUUGUAUGCACGCGACGAGGAAGGGAUAAAGCAGAGAAGGUGCCGGAGUAACCUUGAUCCACGCGUAUCGAUGUCCUCUCUCUCUUUCUUUUUUUUCUUUUACGGUUCCUCUUUUUACAGAUCCAUCUUUUUCGGAAAAAUUUUUAAAUAAAGGUUAAUACACUACUUUUUUACAUA